GGGCCGACACCGAAUAACGGACUCGCGCUCCCCUCGCCGGAAGUGGGCGGCUGCGGCCGGGAGGAGCCGGCUGUAGCGGGCGGCUCGGCGCUCUGGGAAGCGGCUCCCACCGGCUCGCGCAUCGCUCCGGGCACCAUGGCGCCGGCCAAGGCCGAGGCCGUGAUGCGGCUGCUUCUGGGCGCCGCGGCGCUGUGGCUGUCGCUGCUCGACGCCGGAACCGCCUCCGCGUCCAAGGCGGUGACGGCCCACUUGGCCGCGAAGUGGCCGGAGACGCCGCUGCUGCUGGAGGCGAGUGAAUUUAUGGCAGAAGAAAGUAAUGAAAAAUUUUGGCAGUUUUUGGAAACUGUAAAAGAAUUAGCAAUUUAUAAGAAAACAGAAUCAGAUUAUUCUUACUACAACUUAAUCUUGAAGAAAGCGGGACAGUUUUUAGACAAUUUACACAUCAAUCUAUUAAAGUUUGCUUUAUCUAUAAGGGCAUACUCUCCGACUAUUCAGAUGUUUCAACAGAUUGCAGCUGAGGAACCACCACCAGAUGGUUGUAAUGCAUUUGUGGUUAUCCAUCAGAAGCACACCUGUAAAAUAAAUGAGAUUAAAAAGCUGCUGAAGAAGGCUACUUCAAGGCCAAGACCUUAUCUGUUUAAAGGAGAUCAUAAAUUUCCCACAAACAAAGAAAACUUACCAGUGAUUAUUCUUUAUGCAGAAAUGGGUACCAGAGCAUUUGGUCAGUUUCACAAAGUAUUGUCUGAAAAAGCUCAAAAUGAGGAAAUUCUUUAUGUUCUUCGCCAUUAUAUUCAGAAACCAAACUCGCGGAAAAUGUACUUAUCUGGCUAUGGUGUGGAGCUAGCGAUUAAGAGUACAGAGUAUAAAGCAUUGGACGAUACCCAAGUUAAAGAUACAGCUGUGACUAAUACUACUGUAGAAGACGAGACUGGAGCAAAUGAAGUUCAAGGAUUUCUCUUUGGGAAGCUCAAAGAAAUACAUUCCGACCUUAAGGAUAAUCUGACAGCAUUCCAAAAAUACCUGAUUGAGAGUAACAAAGAAAUGAUGCCUUUGAAAGUCUGGGAACUACAAGAUCUAAGUUUUCAAGCAGCUUCUCAGAUAAUGUCCACUCCAGUUUAUGAUGCCAUAAAAUUAAUGAAAGACAUUUCACAGAACUUCCCCAUAAAAGCCAGGUCUCUAACCAGAAUUCCUGUAAGUCACCAGAUGAGGGAAGAAAUACAGCAAAAUCAAAAGGAUCUUCGUGAUAGAUUUGAAAUUCAGCCUGGUGAUGCUCGCCUAUUUAUAAAUGGCCUUCGUGUUGAUAUGGAUGUUUAUGAUCCUUUUAGUAUUCUGGAUAUGCUGAAAUUAGAUGGAAAAAUGAUGAAUGGCCUUCGUAAUCUUGGGAUCCAUGGGGAAAAUAUGAGCAAGUUUUUAAAAUUAAAUUCCCAUGUUUGGGAAUACUCCUAUAUAUUGGACAUUCGGCAUUCUUCUAUAGUGUGGAUAAAUGACUUAGAAAAUGAUGGUUUGUAUGUAACAUGGCCUACAAGUUGUGAAGAAUUUCUGAAACCAGGAUUUCCUGGAAGUGUGCCUUUUAUAAGGCGCAAUUUUCAUAAUUUGGUUCUGUUUAUUGAUCCUGCUCAAGAAUAUACAUUGGAUUUUAUAAAACUUGCUGAAUUUUUCUAUGUUCAUAAAGCACCUCUUAGAAUUGGUUUUGUGUUCAUUCUUAAUACUGAUGAUAUAGUUGAUGGAACAAAUGAUGCUGGAGUUGCUCUUUGGCGAGCUUUUAAUUACAUUGCAGAAGAACUUGGCAUAUCAGAAGCAUUUAUUUCCAUAGUACAUAUGUACCAAAAUGUGAAGAAUAAAAACGUACUCACUGUGGACAAUGUGAAGAACGUUCUUCAGAAUAAAUUUCCUCAUGCUAAUAUUUUGGAUAUUUUGGGAAUUUAUUCUCAGUAUGAUAAAGAAAGAAAGGCAGGAGCAAGCUUUUACAAGAUUACUGGCCUGGGCCCUUUGCCUCAAGCUGUUUAUAAUGGUGAACCCUUGAACAAAGAAGAGAUGAAUAGAAAAGAACUAGAAAUGGCUAUUAGCGACAAAAUGAUGGAUACAUCUGUAUAUUUACAAAGAGAUUUUUUUAUGGGCACAUUAAAUGAUAGAAUGAAUGCAAUUGAUUUCUUAAUGGAUAAGAAUAAUGUUGUACCCCGUAUAAAUUCUUUGAUUUUGAGUACCAAACCGCAGUACCUUAAUUUAAUACCAUCAUCAGUAACUGCUGAUAUUGAAGAUUUCUCUACUUUUUCUUUCUUGGAUUCACAUGAUAAGAGUGCUGUAAUUGCAAAGAACAUGUAUUAUUUAACCCAAGAAGAUGAUGUGAUUUCUUCAGUCACUCUCUGGAUUAUUGCUGAUUUUGAUAUGCCAUCUGGGAGAAAACUACUUUUUAAUGCAUUGAAGCACAUGAAAACAAGUGUUCACAGUCGACUGGGGAUUAUUUAUAAUCCUACAUCAAAAAUAAAUGAAGAGAACACAGCUAUUUGUAGAGGGAUUUUGGCAGCUUUUCUGACGCAGAAAGACAACUUUUUGAGAAGCUUUCUUGAGAAACUGGCAAAGGAAGAAACUGCUACUGCUAUUUACUCUGGAGAUAAAAUCAAAACAUUUCUUACUGAGGGAAUGGAUAAGAGUGCUUUUGAGAAGAAAUAUAACACCGUUGGAGUGAAUAUUUUCCGAACUCAUCGGUUGUUCUGUCAAGAUGUACUAAAGUUGCGUCCGGGGGAAAUAGGUGUUGUCAGCAAUGGCAAAUUUUUAGGACCUUUAGAUGAAGAUUUAUAUGUGGAAGAUUUUUACUUAUUGGAAAAAAUUACGUUUAGCAAUGUAGCAGAGAAAAUUAAAGGUGUUGUUGAAGCAAUGGAAAGCAAUUCAAAGAACAUAAGUGAACUUAUUAUGAAGGUCGAUUCCCUUGUUUCUUCUUUGCCUAAUCGUGGAUCUCGGUAUGAUGUCACAUUUCUUAAAGAGAACCACAGCAUUAUAAAGAUGAGUCCUCAAGAGAAUGAUAUGUUCUUUGAUGUCGUUGCUAUUGUUGAUCCAUUGACAAGAGAAGCACAGAAGAUGGCACAGAUAUUAAUUGUACUUGGCAAGAUUAUCAACAUGAAGAUGAAGUUGUUCAUGAACUGUAGGGGUAAGCUUUCAGAAGCCCCUUUAGACAGCUUUUACCGUUUUGUUCUGGAGCCAGAAGUGAUGUCAGGGUCUGAUAAUGUUCCUUCUCUUGGACCCAUGGCAAAAUUUGUGGAUAUCCCUGAAUCACCUCUUCUAACCCUCAACAUGAUUACUCCGGAAGGCUGGUUGGUUGAAACAGUACACAGCAAUUGUGACCUUGAUAAUAUUCACUUAAAGGAUAUUGAGAGAACUGUUACAGCAGAAUAUGAACUAGAAUAUCUACUACUUGAAGGACAUUGCUUUAAUUCAAUGACAGAACAACCUCCUCGGGGUCUGCAGUUUACACUAGGCACAAAAACUCAACCUGUUAUGGUAGAUACAGUAGUGAUGGCGAAUCUUGGUUAUUUUCAAUUAAAAGCAAACCCAGGUGCUUGGAUACUGAAAUUGCGUGAAGGAAAGUCUGAAGAUAUUUAUCAAAUAGUUGGGCAUGAAGGAGCUGACUCUCAACCAGACCUGGAGGAUGUCAUUGUCGUAUUGAACAGUUUCAAAAGCAAGAUCCUGAAAGUACAAGUGCAAAAAAAACAAGACAAAAUUAAGGAAGACAUCCUUACUGAUAAAGAUGAAACAAGCAAAGGAAUGUGGGAUUCCAUUAAAAGUUUCACAAGAAGGUUGCAUAAAGAAGAUGACAAAGAUAAAAAAGAUGUUCUGAACAUUUUUUCAGUUGCUUCGGGCCAUUUAUAUGAGCGCUUUUUAAGAAUUAUGAUGCUCUCUGUUUUGCGUAACACUAAAACACCUGUGAAAUUCUGGUUUCUAAAAAAUUAUCUCUCACCAACAUUUAAAGAGGUGAUUCCUCACAUGGCUAAGGAAUAUGGAUUCCAGUAUGAGCUAGUCCAAUAUAGGUGGCCUCGUUGGCUUCAUCAACAGACGGAAAAGCAAAGGAUUAUUUGGGGUUACAAAAUUCUUUUCCUUGAUGUCCUUUUCCCACUAGCAGUGGACAAAAUCAUUUUUGUUGAUGCUGACCAGAUUGUGAGACAUGAUCUAAAGGAACUUCGAGAUUUUGAUCUGGAUGGAGCUCCUUAUGGGUACACUCCCUUCUGUGAUAGCCGCACUGACAUGGAUGGAUAUCGUUUCUGGAAAACAGGAUACUGGGCAUCACAUCUUUUAAGAAGGAAAUACCAUAUCAGUGCCUUAUAUGUAGUGGAUCUGAAGAAGUUUAGGAGGAUUGCAGCAGGUGACAGGCUCAGGGGCCAGUACCAAGCUCUCAGUCAAGAUCCAAACAGUCUAUCAAACCUAGAUCAGGAUCUUCCCAAUAAUAUGAUUUACCAAGUUGCCAUUAAAUCUCUUCCUCAAGACUGGCUGUGGUGUGAAACUUGGUGUGAUGAUGAAUCCAAACAAAGAGCCAAAACAAUUGAUUUGUGCAAUAAUCCCAAAACAAAAGAACCCAAACUAAAAGCUGCAGCCAGGAUUAUCCCAGAAUGGGUGGAGUAUGACACUGAGAUACGCCAACUGUUAGAUCAGCUUGAAAGCAAGAAGAAAAAUGCAAUUUUAGCUCAUGAUGAACUCUAGCACUGGUUUUAUAAGAAGAUGAAAGUAUGACAAGACACCUGCCGCUUGCUGGAGAAGUGUGGAGCUACUGAUAAGACUGUGGAAGUUUUAUUAGAUCAGUGACAUACUGUUCAGUUUUAAAAAUCUCAUUAAGUACAUGCAUUUUAAAUAAGUUUAAUUUAUGUAAGAAAUGACAAUUGAGUAUUUAUUCAUUUUUCUUGAUUGCUUAAAACACUGUAUUUUUACCAGUUAAAAUUUGAUGUUCUGCCAGAUAAUCUCAUAGAAAGUAUCUAACUAGCUGGUCCUUUUCCAUGUUUAUCAAGUUAUCCAUAUCCAAUUCCAGCUAUAUGUGCACCCAUAUUUUCUUAUUUAUAAAAUUAUUUAAAAUCAGAGAAAUCUAUUGUUUUGUUUUGAGAAAAAAAAAGACUUGGUUAUCUCUGAAUAAUAAAAACUAAGUCCAUUUAUGACUUAACUACUGUUUUAAAAUGGAUGUUGCACUGUAAUUGUUUAUCUUAAACCGUAUGUUUUAAUCUUGUGCUGUAUUUGUACUUUUAAUAUUUUUAAUUCUAUUUCAUGAUGUCCAUGGGUAUAUAUGUUUAUAUCCAUGGGUAUAUAUUUUUUUCUAAAAAUGACUACUUUUAUAGGAACUCAGUUAAGAAUGUAAAUAAUUUGUUUCCAUUAUGUAUUAAUAGAUAAAUAGCAAUCGUAUAUAUUUUUAAACUAUCCAGAUACUCUAGAAUCAUACAGAAUGGGAGCUAGAAGCAGCCUCAGUACCAUUUGGAACCUCAUCCCCAGAAGAGUCUGAAGUGGACUUGGGAAAUCAUGAUUCUGCUGAUAAGUCUGAGAAACAUAAGUUUACCCAAGUCCCACCUGAACCCAUAUGUGCCAGCCUCCCUUACAAGGUUCCAUCAUGUACUUCCUCAGGCCAUCUUCUAAAUCUGCAGGGCAACAAAGAAAUCCUUACCUCAAAAGAUAGCCAGUCCAUCUUUGGAGAGCUCUGCACAGAGUUCCAAAUAAGCCUGAAGCUACCCACUGAUAGUCUCUGCUCUUACUCAUUUGAGUUCUUCAUACCUAUGCUAAUCCUCUUAGACGUCCCAGCAAAACCCAGAGUAUUUCCCCAGCAGCACCAUUCAUUGAUUCAUUGCUACUAAGGGAUCACCUACCCUCCUCUCCCCUCUGUGCAUCCUCCCUUUGUUACUUGUCCAUGUUUGUUUGAUAAAAUACAGGAUUUAGGUGCGGCCUACUCUUGGGGAACUAGAUCAUUCCUGUGGAUUCAGAGGAUCCUACAAGAUGCUCCUGAAGGCAGGAGAAGUAAAUUGGCCUGGGUACCAAUUCCAUGGAGCUUUCUGGCUGGCUCCUCUUCAGAGUAUCAGCUAAGAGACUCUGGCCGGCUCCGUGGUGCAGUAGGUUAAUUCUCCACCUGCAGCACCGGCCUCCCAUAUGGGCGCCGGUUCUAGUCCUGGCUGCUCCUCUUCCGAUCCAGCUCUCUGCUAUGGCCUGGGAAAGCAGUAGAAGAUGACCCAAGUCCUUCGGUCCCUGCACCAGCAAGGGAGACCGGGAAGAAGCUCCUGGCUUUAGAUCGGCGCAGUUCCAGCUGUUGCAGCCAUUUGGGGAGUGAACCAACAGAAGGAAGACCUUUCUCUUUAUCUCUCUCGCUAACUCUACCUCUCAAAUAAAUAAAAUCUUUAAAAAAAAAAAAAAUUACCUGGAGGCCUGCCCAGGUGCUUAUGGCAGAAUCCCUUGUCAGCUGAUAUUUUGCUUUCUGUUAUUUCCACUUCUGUAACUCUUGUGAGGAAAGAGGAGCUGGGCACACACCUGAUUCCCAACUUCAUUACCAACAGCCACCUUCUCCAGCAUCCUGGGUUCCAUAUUGCAGAGAAGCGUCAGAUCCAGCAACUUAUCGAAGCUGAGAAUGAGGAGUUUGAGCUUGAACUGUAAUGACAGUCCUCCCUCCGGUGACAGAGACGCAACCAGACAGGAAGCAGCCACCAUCCAGGAAAGGCUCCAGGAACCCAAGCAGAAUCACUUCGUAGGCAGAG